ACAGACCAUCUCUCUCUCUCUCUCUCUCACAUCCAUGGCACGUCCCAUAUCUAAUUUCAAUGCAGCUUCUGAGGUUCUCCUUACCAAACCCAAGAUCUUUGAUCUCAAAUGGCACCGAACAUUGACAAUUCACAGGUUCAUGGCCAAGAAAACAGAAGAAUCUGAAGAACAACAGCAUGAAGCAUCAAAACCCGUUGGCAUUUCCAUACAAACUAAUCGAAGGGCUGUGAUUGGGCUCGGUAUCCUUACUCUUUCUACACAUCUCAGUUGCCAAAACACUCGCGCCGAGGACAACGGGUUAUGGCUAACUGGCCCUAUACCAGUUCCUUCAGUCGUCAAUAAGAUUGCAAAUGAAGAGACGGGCACUCGUUCAUUCCUUAAGAAAGGCAUUUACAUGGCGAAUAUUGGAGCAAAAGGAAGUGCAUAUAGGCUGAGGCAAUAUGCAUUUGAUUUGAUGGGGUUGGGAGAUCUGUUGGGACAAGAUGCAUGGAAUUAUAUAAGGAAGUACCUUCGUCUGAAAUCUACGGUCAUGUACUAUGAUUUCGACAAAGUUAUUUCUGCUGCUCCAAUCGACGAGAAGCAACCUCUUACUGAUCUAGCCAACAAGUUGUUUGACAGUGUAGAAAAGCUUGAAGAUGCUGUGAAGAUGCGAAACGACCCUGAGAUAAAAUCAUGUUAUGAAGAUACCACAGUUCUUCUCCAAGAGGUGAUGACUUGGAUGGCGUAAAGAUCUGUAACAUUUAUUGUUUUAUUUGGGCAGUGAAAGAGAAAGAACGCAGCUUCAAUUCCAGAAACACAUCUACAAAGAGUGCAAAAUCAAGCUUAGAAAGGCCAUUUAUCUGUACUACCA